AUGGUAGCGCCCGCUGUCCCAGAAAUUCAUGAGGAGGAGGAUAUCUAUGUCGCGGUCGAUGCGCGGACAGAGUCAUUGCAGAGCCUCAGAGAACUGGGGCCCCCGGAUCUGGUAUAUUUGGUGAAGCAGCCGAAGGCCAAUUCCACCCGUCAGACCGGUGUGUACCACCAUGUGACCGGAAUCGAUGCCUCGUCGUCCGCUAGCCUCGCCGCCUAUGUCAACACUCUCACCUUCUCCCCACUCGACAAGACUCAUAAGGUUGUUUCUGGAAUAUAUUGCUGCUACAACGCAUUCUCCCAUUUGGACAUGCGAGUUGAGGUGAAGAUCCCCGGAAGCUUGGAAAGUUACUGCAUUGAUGAGCGCGGAGACAAGCGAGUGGCCACCGAGGCCCUUUGGCUAGAGACAUUCCUCUGUGCAGUCUUGCGGGCUUAUCAGUAUGCCGAUGAUGGAAGUGGAGACGCCAUCAAGAAGAUUGUUGGUGUCAGGCGAUUCAACCCGGUCACAAACACAGAGAUGGAGCACAAAUUCUUGGAUGCUGCUGAAAAGCUGUUCUUCCUGGGUCGCCAACUCAGCUCCGACCCGGAAACCCAAGUUCCCAACACUGUGACCAAUCACCUGACAUCUGGUAUCCUGAAAUACAUCUACACUACCGGUCGUUAUACUUCUGGUAUUAAUCUCUUCGAAAAGCUACGCACACGGGACGUUGAGGUUUCAUCCUUGUUGGCUCGGGUUCAAUUGAUGGCAGACGAGGAGGUACAAGCAGUGCGAUUGAUGUACGACGCUCUGCAAGAUGUCCCGAUGGACUACUCUUUGCUGGAUUGCCAAGCCGCUUUCUGCCAGGACAAGGGUGAGGGCGAGAUGGCUUUGGAGUGCGCCAAGCGAGCAGUUACCGCUGCGCCUAGCGAGUUCAGCACCUGGGCUCGCUUGGCAGAAGUUUACGUUGGGCUGGAGCAAUGGGAUCUGGCCCUUCUUACCCUCAACUCCUGUCCCAUGUUCACUUACCAGGAUAAGGACACACCACGCAUGCCUCAGCCCUCGCGCAUUAUGCUCCCAAUCCUUUCUGAAAGCAUGCUUGAUGAGAUUGACGAAGGUCAGCCAAAACAGGGAGACCCUCACGACUAUGUCCACCCCUCUCUGCGGAAGUUGCACGCGGCAAGCUACCAAGGAACCUUCCUUAAAGCCUACAACCUGCUCACCAAGAUUGCCGCUGCGAUCGGGUGGGACCAACUUUUGAAGGUCCGCAGCGAGGUCUUCGUCAUGGAAGAGGAAUACCGUGUUGAGCGACACCAUGUUCCGAAGCCUGCUCAAUCUCACGACGCUGAAACCAACGGAGAAGAGGCCGAUGAUGCCGAGAAGGAGGACAAUGAAGAAGACACUGGCUCGGUCUCUGGCCCUGCUGAGUCUGCUGCUGCGACCAAUGGCAAUGGGGAAGAGGCAGCUGCCCAGAGCCACAUUGAACGCCCUGAGCAAACAGUGGCAUCCGAGGUUGUCAAGUCCGGAAGUGACGACCCCGAUCCUUCUCAUAGCGCCUACACACAAUUCCAGAACAAACGGCUGUGUGAGCGGUGGUUGGACAACCUGUUUAUGGUGCUGUACGAAGACCUCCGGAUUUAUACCAUUUGGCGCACUGAGAUGGCCCAGUUUCGCCAACAGGCGAUGGAAUACAAGAAGUCCGCGACCGAGUGGGAAAUCCUGGGUGAGCUCGCAGAGCGCCUACACCACUUUGACGAGGGCAUUGAAGCUUAUCAGAAUUGCCUGGCCAUCCGGUUUUCGCCUAAGGCGAUGCGAGGCCUCCUGAAGCUCUACGAGCAAAGGAACGACACCCGGGCCAUGCUUGGUGCACUGAUCCGUUUGAUCGCUUGGCAAUAUCGCUGGUACUCUGAGUUCUCUCCGGAUCUGCUCUACGUGGUGCGCAAGCUCAUUGAGGAUGAGGGUGCUGUUAAGGUACGCAGUAUCGUGCAGGCCACUAACCUACCCCAACCGGUUCUCGAUCUUACCCAUCAGUACUGCCAACUCUGUGCCACGUUUCGGAGCAGUGGCAGUGACACUUGA